UCGUACUACGAAUUGAUAGUCACACACUGAAACCAAAACACAUCUCUCUCUCACACUAACUUUCUCUGUCAAUCUAUCAACAAUCAUGCCAUCUGAACAACCAUGGCACAUUACUUUUAUGAUUUUUAUGUGUCUAACAUUUUUCAUACAUACAACAUUAUAUAUAAUUGUUGUAAAUUCUAUUCCAAUAUCUUCAUCUUCUGAUGAAGUAGUGAACUUGCCUGGUCAACCUCCAGUCAACUUCAAACAAUUUGCUGGCUAUAUAACUGUUGAUAAAACCAAACAAAGAUUUAUGUUUUAUUACUUUGUUGAAGCCGAAACCAACUCAUCUUCUAAACCACUUGUUCUUUGGCUUAAUGGAGGGCCUGGGUGUUCAUCAGUUGGAGAAGGGGCAUUUGUAGAACAUGGGCCUUUUAAACCAAGUGGAAGUGUUUUGUUGAAAAAUGAAUUUAGUUGGAACAAAGAGGCAAAUAUGUUGUACUUGGAAUCACCAGCAGGAGUGGGAUUCUCUUAUAGUGUUGAAAAAUCCUUUUAUACAUCAGCAAACGAUGUCCUUACAGCUGGAGACAAUCUUGCUUUUCUUGAGAAUUGGUUCGAGAAAUAUCCAGAAUACAAGAAUAGAGACUUUUACAUCACGGGUGAAAGUUAUGCAGGACACUAUGUUCCUCAACUUGCGGAUCUCAUAGUUCACUCAAAAGCCAAGAUCAAUCUCAAGGGAAUUGCAAUAGGUAAUCCACUAUUGGAAUUCAAUACGGAUUUUAAUUCAAGGGGGGAGUAUCUUUGGUCCCAUGGCUUGAUAUCGGAUGCUACAUAUGACAUGUUCAACAGAGUAUGCAACUACUCGACUAUAAGAAGACAGUCACAAUCCCGGUCUCUUACCCCUAUUUGCUCUCGAGUUUCAAAUCAAGCUUCAAAGGAGAUUGGCAGAUUUGUUAAUGCUUAUGACAUCACACUAGACGUUUGUUUGUCAAAUGUUCUCUCACAGUCACAAGUUUUUGAGCAAAGUCAAGAUAGGGAGACAAAGAUAGAUGUUUGUGUGGAGGAUGAAACGAUUGCAUAUUUGAACCGAAAAGACGUUCAGGCUGCUCUUAAUGCUCGGUUGUUGGGUGUGAACGAAUGGUCCCCAUGUAGCGAGGUUUUAAGCUAUGAAAUGGAGAAUCUUGAGGUACCAAUGACUCCCGUAUUGGUCUCGCUUCUCAAGUCUGGCAUUAGAGUUUUUGUUUUUAGUGGGGAUCAAGAUUCAGUUCUCCCACUGACGGGGACGCGUGUGGUGGUCAAUGGUUUGGCUAAGCAAUUAGGAUUGAAUACAACCAUAGCAUACAGGGCUUGGUUCAGUGGAAACCAGGUUGGCGGAUGGAUACAAGUGUAUGGUGAUAUUCUCUCUUUUGCAACCAUUAGAGGGGCAGCACACGAAGCUCCAUUUUCACAACCCGAGCGAUCACUUGCUCUUUUCAGAGGGUUUCUCUCCGGUAAACCAUUGCCAGCUGCCAACAAAAUCGCUCAAAAGACAGAAACAAUCAUCCCUCUUCAUUAGGCUCUCACAAAAGAUGGGCUUUCACACUUUUCUUGGUUCGUUUUGCUUCAUUAAAUAAAUUUUAUUCCACUGAUUGUGUCAUUCACCUUCAACGAGUCUCAACAUAAUUUAUUUACGUUUCUGUAAAAAAUAUUUGAAAUUUAUUUUUUAUGGGUUUUGCUAAUAAAGGUUGUCGCCUUGUCGGUAUAAA